AUGAUUUUCUCCCUCUCUCUCAUAAAUAUAAAAAUAUCUUAUUUCUAUCACUCUAUAUCUAAAUAUAUAUGUAUGUGUCCCAUUUUCAAAUCUAUUUAUCUAUCUAUCUUGGUUUGUUCAUUAUCUAUCUAUCUAUCUAUCUUGGCCUGUUCAAAUCUCUCUCUCUAUCUAUUUAUCUUGGUUUAUUCAUAUAUCUAUCUCUCUAUCUAUCUAUCUAUUUUGGUCUGUGAAUUUUUUCUGCUUCUUUCUUUCUCUUUGAAUUUUUCUUUUUUUUUCUUUCUUUCUUUUUUUUCUUUCUUUUUGUUCUUUUCGUUUUCUUCACAUUUCAAUCUUUCUUUUCUUUCGUAUGGUGGCUUCGCAUUUUCUUUUUUUUUUUUUCUUUCUUUUUUCUUUCUUUCUUUUUUUCUUUUUUUUUUUUUUCUUUUCUUUCUUUCUUUCUUUCUUUUUUUUUCUUUCGUGGUUUCUUUUACAUUUCUUUUUUAUUUUUUUUCUUUUUCGUUUGUUUUCCUUCUUUUUUUUUUUCUUUUCUUUUAUUUUGGCUUCCCAUUGCUUCUUUUCUUUCUUUUUUUCUUUCUUUUUUUUUCUUUUCUUUCUUUUUUAUUCUUUCUUUCUUUUAUACAUUUUUUUUCCUUUUCUUUAUUUAUUGGCUUGUUUGUAUUCUUAUUUUCUUUCUUUCUUUCUUUUCGUUCGUUUAAAACAUUUUCUUUCUUUCUUUCUUUCUUUCUUUAUUUUUCUUUGCAAAUUUUUUCGUAUGGUGGCUUCCCAUUGCUUCUUUUUCUUUCUUUCUUUCGUUUGUUUCUUUCAUUAAUUUUCUUUUCUUUCUUUUCGUAUGGUUUUUAA